AUGUGUUCCGUUUCUAGUUUUAAGGUACUUACCCAAUUGUUUGCAUUGAUGACUACUGUUGGUUCAGUAAGCAUUAGCAAACUGCUAACUCGCAACUAAAUACUGAACAAAACAAACUACUCAGUUACUAACAAAACUUCAAUCCCUCCUUCAAAUACUACAAAUGAUUAUAUGAGUCAGCAAGUCUACGCUUAUCAUCCUCAGGAGUUAGUUGCUAGAAAACCCUAAAAUUGGCAAGUAUGCGACGAGAAAACUAAAAAGAUCAAAUCCCUUAACGAGAACCCUGAUAAAUAUGUGACUUGCGAUGGUUAUCAAAAUCCAACAGCUUACUCUUGGAUUUAAGACAAAACCAACCACGGCAAUCAUAUAUAGGCACUUCAAAACUUGGUUCUGGGAGCUUAUUUGUUAAAAGACAAGACUACUUUCAGCUCAACUAAAUAUACAUACGUCCACUAUGUUGACGAAGUUAUCAGGCUCAUCAAUUAAUUCAUGUACUAUCAAUAUAUCUUUUUGUGUGGAAAAAAAAGAAUUUACUAAUGGUAUGCUGAUCCAAUUACUAAAAUGAAUCCUAAUAUGAAGUAUGGUUAAAUGGUUCCGAGUGUCCCCUACGGUGGUAACGCCUCUCAAAUGUACUUUGAAGUUGGUCAAGAGGGUACUGGAUUUGGUAUCGAAGACUUUUCCUCGAAAGUAAUGUACCUAGUCGAGGCAAUUAACCUUCUAGAGUAGCUCCCUAAAAUCUAAACUGACAUGUCUACUACUUAACAAGAAGGUAUUGCUAAUGCCGUGUAGUCAGUGAGGAAGUGGAUGCAAGAAUUUUUGGAUUGGUCAUUGACUAGUCUCUAAGGACAAGAUGCUAGAAACUAAGCUAACAACCAUGGCUCAUGGUUCCUUGUUUUAUACGGUAGUUUUUCCCAUUUCACAAAAAAUGCCACUCAUCUUACUAACUUUAGAACCUUUGUGGAUAUGAUGGGAGAUAACAACACGCUUAAUUUCAUUUACUUGACCAACAGUAUGAAUGAGCAAAUCAAGGAUCAAUAUCCCUCCUUUUACACUUAAUUUGGAGCUAAUGGCACUCAGCCUCUAGAGGCAUAUUAUGUUGGCUUGUUAGCAGACAAGACAGGUGCAACAAUAAAAGGGCAAUCAUUCUGGAGAUUCAAGACAUCUGGAAAUUACUCAGUUGGCAUUGAAGAUUCUCUAGAUUAUCUUUGGUAUAAGUACCAGAAUGAUCUUUUCGCCUCAUCUCAAGAUAUUGACUACAGAAACUUAGGUGAUUUGUUCUACGAGUAUGACAGAAUUCCUACUUACAAAUCAACUUAAGUCAAUCUAAAUUUGAGAGCCAGAGGUGAUCAGAUCUAUACUGAGAAAGCACAAAUUGAUUAAACUAAAGAAAAACUCUCCUACAUUUACAAUGAGACAUCAAUGAAUGCAAGCUCUGUACUUUGCUUGAAUGGAGUCUACCCUUGA